AUGGUUUUUGUCGAUUUUGUGAACGAGACUGGUUGGAGCUCGAAUGGAUGGGUCUUCUUUAUCGGAUUCUUGCCAGCACUCGCGGUUCAAGGCCUCUUUGAUUCUGCCACUCACCUCACAGACGAAUUGGAGAACCCCACCAAGCAAGUGCCCAUCGUCCUUCUCUCAUCCCCGACCAUCAGCAUUCUGGUUGGGAUCCCGAUAAUCCUUGCGUAUCAGUUCUGCAAUAUCGAUCCUUACAGUAUGCUUGAGCCUGUGGGCGGAGAACCGCUGGUUCAACUCCUGCUCAAUGCCACCUCAUCGCUGGUCCUCACCAACAUCGGCAUUUCUCUUGUCAUUGUCUGCUUUGCUAUUGCCGGCACCUCGGCACUGGUCAGUUGGUCCAGACACUACUGGUCCUUCUCGCGAGAAGGGGCCUGCCCUUCUCAUCAACUAUGA